AGCUAAAAGUCAACAAAUGACACACACAAUAAAAGAGUAUGUCAUAUUGUAGAAAACACCUACAAUUCUACAAAGGUUGUUAAGAGAAGCAAGUCAUUGCACCAUCUAAGUCUUUAGAUCUACAUAUAUAAAUAUGUGAAUCUUAACACAAACUUACCUCAAAAAAGUCGUACUAUCAUAUAAGGUAGCUAGACCAUCAUAUUGCUAGUAGAAAUUAAACUUGAUCGAUCAAGUCAUAUUUUAUAUCAUAUAAGGUAGCUAGACUAUCAUAUUGGUGGUAGCAACUCAAUCGAGCAAUCGAUCAUGGAGGUUGAGAAGAAUGAGAACGUUAAGAACGGCAACAUUCUUAAGGAUGAGAAUAGUUUAAAGAAAGAAAAAGCUCUUAAUGAUUGGCUUCCGAUCACGGCUAGCCGGAAGGGAAAGUGGUGGUAUGCUGCCACUCAUAAUGUUACUAGUAUGGUUGGUGCUGGUAUUCUUGGUUUACCUUAUGCUAUGGCUCAACUUGGAUGGGGAGCAGGUGUGACAAUCUUAGUAAUGUCAUGGGUAGUAACGCUAUACACACUAUGGCAAAUGGUAGAAAUGCAUGAGAUGAUACCAGGGAAGAGGUUUGAUAGGUAUCACGAGUUGGGGCAAUACGCAUUUGGAGAUAAAUUGGGAUUAUGGCUUGUUGUGCCGCAACAAUUGAUAGUUCAGGCGGGUUGUGACAUUGUUUACAUGGUUACAGGAGGUACUUCACUCCAGAAGUUCUAUACUAUUGUUUGUCCGCAUGGAAAACACAUCAAGCUCACUUACUUCAUUAUGAUCUUUGCUUCCGUUCAGUUCUUCCUUUCUAAUUUACCUAACUUUAACUCCAUCACUGGUGUCUCUUUUGCUGCCGCGGUUAUGUCUCUCAGUUAUUCUGCCAUUGCUUGGAUAGCUUCAUUGAUAAAGGGUGUACAACCAGACACAAGUUAUGGCAGUAGGUACAACACUCAUGCAGGAGAAGUAUUUGGAUUUUUAAGUGGGUUAGGAACGGUUGCAUUCGCUUUUUCUGGUCACAAUGUUGUCUUGGAGAUCCAAGCAACAAUUCCUUCUACCCCGGAAAAACCUUCCAAAAAACCUAUGUGGAAAGGAUCUCUGCUUGCUUAUAUUGUUGUGGCAUUAUGUUAUUUUCCAGUAGCUUUUGUUGGUUACCUUGUGUUUGGCAAACUCGUGGAGGAUAACAUUUUGAUCUCACUUCAAAAGCCUAGUUGGCUCAUUGCUACUGCCAAUAUCUUUGUUGUUAUUCAUGUUAUUGGAAGUUAUCAGGUCUUUGCAAUGCCGGUUUUUGAUAUGAUGGAAACUUUCCUUGUGAUGAAAAUGAAAUUCAAACCUAGUAGCACACUUCGUCUUGUCACUCGUUCUACAUAUGUUGGUUUUACCAUGUUUGUGGGAAUUGCAUUCCCGUUCUUUGGUUCCCUUCUAAGUGUGUUGGGGGGAAUUGCUUUCGCACCCACUUCCUAUUAUUUACCUUGCAUAAUAUGGCUGAUAAUAUGCAAGCCCAAGAGAUAUAGCUUAUCCUGGUAUUGUAACUGGUUCUCUAUCAUUUUUGGUGCUUCAUUAACUAUUUUAGCCCCUAUCGGUGCUGUGAGGGAUAUCAUAGUUCAAUCUAGUACCUACAAUUUUUUCUCUUAAAUCACUUUUAUAUUUUACUACCCAGAAAUAUUAAAACUUAAUACCGCUAUUUUUAAUAGCUAAUCACACGUGUCACUAAUUAUAAUGCACUCAUUAUGAGAUUGUACUUUUGAGAUUGUACUUAACUUGUCUAGGGAUAAGCCAUAUAUGUGUUUAAACAUGAUCCAAAGCUUGAUGGUGCUAUAAACUACAACAUUUUGAAUAUUUUGUUCUCAUUUGUCAA